AUGGACAUGCCAAUGACUUCCACCGCCUCUGCAUCCAUGGUGUCGUCCACCUCCGGCUCGAUGAACAUGGACGACAUGAUGAUGGUUCCCUACCUUCACUUCACCGGAGGUGAUAACCUCUUCUUCAAGACGUUGACCCCUUCCUCGCAUGGCGCGAUAGUUGGUGCCUGCAUUGUCCUUGUAGCCUUCGCUAUCUGCGAGCGUUGGUUUGCUUCUAGCCCUCGCUAUCGCAGCAAACAGGACAACAGCCCUGAGAGGUCCACCACCUCGACGCCUACGAAGAACGAGGACGCUUGCUGCGAUGUGGAGGAGGUCAACAUCGACAGUCUAUCGGUCAAGCACAGCAGGCACUCAUUCGCCUUCGCCGUGCCUCCCGCAACAUUGAGCCCUUCAUCCUAUCGCACGAUCUUCCCCGUGGCGCUCUCUACGCCCUCCAGGCGUUCCUGGCCUAUACGCUUAUGCUAG